AAAUAAAAAAAUAACAAAUUUUAUUAAAUUACGAAUAUUGAAAUUAUAUCUAUGUAAAAUUUUGUAAAUGUAAACCUCUGUAACCACCUGGUCCGAGAUACGUUAAAAACUUCCAAUUAUGCAAAUGAAAUAGAAAUAGGUUUUUGACCCCCACGAUUAGAAUUGGCAUACUAAAUUAACCAAAAUAAAAUUUAUCUCUGUCUACCGGGUUUCCUUAUCACCAUCAAAGAUAACGAUUUCCAAAUAAAUCGAUUUUAAAUUGACAAUAAAAUGGUAUCUCACAUUUCAAACAUUCUUGUUUGAUCGAACUUUAUUUACCACCUAUCGAUAAAUAAAGUGGUUGUUGAACAUCUUAUUCUCAGUAAUUGCUUCGAUAAGAAUUUGCACCAAGUAAGUCACAAUUAGUAUUUCAAAAUAAACCGCAAGCAUAACACCCAUCAAAUAUUAUGGCUAUGGCUUCUGUGGAUCACCUAGGCGCCGCCGCUGAGGCUGGUGGCGAUGAUUUACUUAAUCGAUUGCGGGACACAGUGCAAAAAGUGAUUGUUAAAAAUAAUAGGGCUGAUUCCAAGACUAUGGAACAAAUUCUAAAUAGUUUACUUAGUUUAAAAUCAAAAUACGAAACACUAUCCCCCAGCGAAAAAGAAAAAUUCUCACAACAAAUGGGAGAUUCCUUUGAGAAGACGAUAUCUUCUAUUGAAAAUAAGGCUGCAGAACAGGAGCCUUACGAACAGUAUUUCAUUGGCUCACUGUUGGUUUACUUUGGUGUUGUUGUUACCUUCGCUCUUUUCGGCUAUAAGUUGUACAAAUCUCUAAUGGAAAAGGAACACAAAAAACAAGAGAAACAAAAAAAUAACAAGAAAUCAAAAAAGAUUAAGCAAAAGUGAAUAUUAUAACAAUAAAGUGCUUUUAUAUUAUUUUUUUUAUGUUUAACAAAAUAUAUAUAAAAAAAAAAUAACAUUCCUUGUCUUCAACAAAAAAAAAAAACGAAAAGCAAAUAAAUAAAAACGGAGUGCGUUGACAGCUAAGUACUAUGUGAUACUGACUAAAAUGUUAAAUAUAAAAUAAAAGCAUAAACACAAAUAUAUUUAAAAGUAAAAUACAAAAACAAAACUAAAAAAAAUUAUUACUAUAGUUCUCUUAAAAAAAAAAUUAAAAUUAAUUUUUUGUUUGUUUAAAAUUUUUGUCAAAAUUCAAAAGUUGAAGGCAAUAAUGUAUAAAAAAAAUGUUCUGAUAAAUUAAUAUAAAAAUGUAGUUCAGCCAAAAGUUUUACAAGAAAAAAAAAAAAAAAACAAAAUAAAAAAAAUAAAUUACUAUUAAAAGAAAAUAUUUAUACUUUUUAAAUAAAUACAAAAAAAAAAAAAAAAAUUAAAUGAGGCAAUUAAAAUAUAUAUAAUGUGCAUUUUAAGAAUGUAAAUUUUUUUGUAGGCUUACGUAAACAAUGAUGCUUUUUUUUCAUACCAAAUAUACUGAUUUCCUUUUUUUGAAAUAAAAGAAAAAUUAAUUUAUUUUUUUUCCUUUCCUUAAUAUAGUUAAUUCAAGUUCAAUAUUCAAGAAAUUAAGCUUCAAGAUUAUUCUUAAACAGAAUUUUUUUCAAAAUGCAAGCCUUUGCUAUAUUAUUAAGUGGAAAUAAUGAACACAAAUUACAAUCAACAUUUUUUUCAUAGAAAUCAUCAUCUUCUGAGUGUAUUGAAUUUAUAAGAAUAACCGGAAUGAAAUGUUUUCAAGAAAAUGAUGUUUAAUGUUGAACUAUACCUGAGUUUUAAUAAGAAUAUUGAAUAAAAGGUAAGAUCUUUUAUUACAGUCCUUUGUUUUUCAAUAAAUUUUAUUAUCUUGUAUCUGAUUUCGAAGUUAGAAAUGCUCUAUCACAUCAAGUUCUCGAUACACUCCAAUAUACAGCUAUGUAGAAUUGUAGAUGUACUAAUUUAUAAAAACAGACCUUUCUUAAAAAAAGGAUCAUUUUAACAAAAAAAAAAAAA